AUGCGACUUUUUAACCCCAUCGACUCCUUCGACGAGCCCUUCGCCAUCAACCGUCGCCAGUCCAGCGAUUGUGGUGGCGGAGGCGUGGGAGCUGGAGAGUGCCGAGCUGGCUCAAGUUGCAAAGGAUUGCUCUACGCCAACCAAUGCCGCGAUACACCCGGCGAUGAGUGCUGCCUCAACCGCAGUUGCGACACAAAACGCGGGAGUGGAUGGUGCAGGAACACCGAUAACCAGACAUGCGCCGGCGAGUGGUUUGUUGGGACUUCGGGCGACUACCCCUGCCCAGGCCCAAGCUACGUCGUCUGCUGCAUAGAGUGGGAUAAACUCGUUAACUCAACAUCACCCACGAAUUCACCUACGAGUAGUUCGACGCAGACAUCCACAUCAACAUCAGAAGUACCGACUGACACGGCCUCGUCCACGCCUGUCGGUGGUAGUGGCGGCGGUGGCGGACUCUCAGCAUCCCAGAAGGGUGGGAUAGCAGGCGGGAUCGUGGGAGCCGUCGCGGUGACGAGUAUAAUCUUCCUGGUGUUUUUCUUCUUACGGAGACGGAAGACGAAGAGGGCGGCGGCGGCGGCGGCGGCGGCGCAGGAAGCGGAGGCUGCCAAGCGAGAGGGUGGUGAGGGACAAGGAGGGGAGGAGGUUGAGAGGACUGCAACGACGACGACUGGUCCUGAGAGUCCUGGCGGAGAGGCGGCGAUGCUGGCGUCGAGGGAGAAGCUUGAACUAGAUGCCUCGGGGCGCGCACUGCAUGAGAUGGAGACGCCGACGACAGCGACGACGGCGAACUUGGAUGAGAAGGCUAAAAUACUGGCGGCUGAGAUGCAGCAGGUUAAAGCGACUAGGUUGGCGGAGUUGCCUGGGUCGUUGGCGGUUGCGGAGAUGCCUGUCCCUGAGGAGAAUGAGCCAGACAAACGUGACGGGGACCCAGGGGUGAGACGGGACUAA